GUUUGAGCGAAGCCUCACACCUCAAGCAUCGUGGACAUCCAAGAUCGGUGGACUUUAUCUAAUUACACAACUUACCAAGUACCUACAGCUGAAAGCCAGUACACAGUAAACAGCCUUCAAAUAAUCCAAACUUACCGAAAGAUGACCAACCAAGACUUCCACGUCGUCCGAGCCACCGAGGCCGAUAUCCCCGAUAUCCUCGGCUUAAUUACCGAGCUGGCGGUCUACGAGAAGGAACCCGAUGCGGUCAAGGCUACCCCGGAGUUGUUGAAGAAGAACAUCUUCGAACAAGGAUAUGCCAACUGUAUCCUCGCUAAAGAUGGGACGGAAGGUAAUCCGGGGGAGACUAUUGGCAUGGCCUUGUACUUUUUCAACUUCUCGACGUGGCUAGGAAAACCCGGUCUUUACCUGGAAGACCUGUACGUAACCCCUAAACGACGAGCGGCCGGGAUCGGGAAAGUCCUUUUCGGACAUCUCGGACGGAUCGCCAAAGAGAAGGAUUGCGGGAGGAUCGAGUGGUGUGUUCUCAAGUGGAACGCCCCGUCGAUCGGGUUCUACGAAAAGACCCUCGGGGCUAAGGCGCUGGUCGAGUGGGAUACCAUGCGGUUGGAGGGCGACGAGGAGAUCGGCAGGCUGGAAAAGUUCUUGAAGUAG